UGAAGAGUAGUAUGAAUAUUGAGCUCAGUCAUCAUUUUUUCACCAUAAAGAUAUUACCACGUAAUUUUCAGCUUUAUGUUGAUGACGUGGAAUUUCAGCUACCAUUCCCAAACGGCUUCUCUCCUUGCAACAUGAGAGGUAUCUACUUGAAAGGCCUAAUAGCGUUCAGAAUACUAAUCCCAUUUCCUCAUAUGCUUAAUUUUGAUGAAAGAAUGUACCAACCGUUGGAUGUGCCUCUAGGAAUAGGGUCUUCCGUCACCAUAACGGGACAAGUGCCUGUCUACUCCAAAGGGCUUUCCAUUGUCUUACCUGAAAGUUCGGAUCCCGACGAGGCAAAUUACGCUCUCAAUUUUGCCAUGAACUUUGAACAGAACCAACACAGUAUACAUGUAUAUAAAGCUGAACUACCUGGUUGGAGUCCAACGCUGGUUAAAACAGGACUACCACUUCACCCAGGAGACAAGUUUACUAUUGUUCUUUACAUGGGUCCAACAUCUAAUGGUAUAACUGUCUUGUGCAACGACACUGUUGUGGUCUAUUAUGAAAGUGUUCAUCCACCUCAUUUUGGAAAAGGAAUCCGGGUAAAAGGUGCUGUACUCAUUCAGCACAUCAAAGUUCGCUAUCUGCCGUCAUUAAUACUACCACAAUCCAGUGGUGAACGAAGGUUACUUGUCUAUGGGGAUAAUGUCAUUCAACACAAAAUGAACGUUGUUGUGGCCAACGGAUUAGAUAAAGGGUUUCGUCUACAAGAACCGUUUUUUACGAACUUCACAAUGGUGCUUUUAUUCAAAUGGUUUCUCCCAGUGCAUAGAAAUUCCGAAAUCUCCGUAAUGGUAAGGAACGCGCAUAACUACGUGGAUGGAUCCAUCAAUUUCUACAUCUCAAUUUAUCGACACUCGCCCUACAGUUACUACCGAUCAACAUCCCUCUACCGAAGAACGGGUAAUGAACUUGAAGAUUUAGAUCUCUAUUUAGACUAUAAAUACGAUUGGCCGUUCGUGUUUACAGAUCAAGAAUAUCAACUUGUUAUUCAUCAGUGCAGUACCUACAGAUAUCUGAUUCUAGUUAACAAUGAACAGUUCCUUAAUUUCACCUACCCUGUCUAUGCAGAUAGUCCAAUGGAUAGACUUGAGUUAUUUGGAGAUUUUAUACUUGAAAGAUUGUUAAUUAUCAAAGGAUAAUUACGUAAUGUAUUUCCUUUCGUUCUAAACGCCAUAAUGUGAUCUAAUACAAGACGUCUAUAUACGAUAUAACCUCAUUAGCAAGGUUAACGGUAGUUCUUUUAUACAAAUAAAAACGUUUAUUAUAGUUUCGUCU